ACUAUAACCAAUUUUCAACUGGAGGUAACCAAUUUUUGUCUUCAGGAAGUCAUUUUUCUUCUGCUGCCAACCAGUUUUCAUCAGAUGACUAUGAUUCACCUGUAGACAACCAGUUUUCAUCAUCUGCUGAUUAUGAUGCCUUCGGCUGCAGACAACCAAUUUCAUCAGUUGUCAUCCACAAUUAACCAAUUGUCUUCCUCUGACAACCAUGAAGCAGACAAUCAAUUCUCAUCAGACUCAGCUGCAGACAGAGAGUUUUCGUCUUCAGUCAACAAGUUCUCAUCAACAGACAAUGAAUACUCUUCAUCUGAUGACUAUGACAACCAGUUUCCCUCUACAUCCAACCAGUUUUCUCCAUCUAACAACUUUGACUCAUCGAACACACAGUUCACAUCUAUUAACAGCCAAGUUCUUGACAGCACCGACUCAGCAACAGAAGACCAAUCCUCGUCCUUCGACACAUACGACUCGACCACAGACGGCCACUUCAAGUCUGACUCGAGCGUCCAGCUUUCACCUUCAGACAGCCGCAACGCAGCCACCGGCAGCCCGUUCUCCUCCAGCGGCAGCCAUGACUCACAGGUCGGCGCCCACUUCUCGGCGUCCGGCUCCCAGGGAUCCCUCUUCGCCUUCACCUCGAGCGGCCAGGCUUCCGGAUCCUCCUCGGGCUACGCGUCCCACGGGGUCAAGAGGCCCUCCUCGCUCGGCCAGAGGUCCGGGUCUGGCGUGGUCGGGUCUUCUGGCCUGACCGGGUUCAUCGUCCACCUCACCGGCAGAGGGUCAGUCCACGCCGGCGCCUGCCCGACCCUGAGGAAGGACUGCGACCCCGGCAGGAGCGCCCCGAGGACGUGCCUCAACGACUCCUCCUGCGGGCCGUCGGAGAAGUGCUGCUUCGACACGUGCAGCGCCGCCCUCUGGGUGUGCACACCCUCCGUGUCCCCGGCGUGAGGAGGCUGGGAGGCGGACGUCACUUUCGAAAAUCAUUCUCUUCCUCGGAAACAGUUUUAGGAAGGUUGUCUGGAAAAGGGUUUGAGGUUUUUCGGUGGAUGAUCUGCUUUGUUUCGUCUGAGGGUGAAUUAAAAGUUUGCAGCUUA